AUGGCUAGCUCUGUGCCGUUUCGAGUUAUUAUCGCUGGAGGUGGCAUUGCAGGGUUAGCUUUGGCUAACAUGUUAGAGAGGGUUCAUAUCGAUUUCAUCUUACUAGAAAGAAAAGAGAUUGCUCCUGAACUUGGUGCCGGACUCGCCAUACAAUGCAAUGGGGUAAAAAUACUUGAACAGCUCGGCAUCUGGCAAAAUAUGCACCCCAGUUCUACUCCAUGCAGCGGUCAUCGAUAUUUCGACGAACGUGGGCGGCUCCUUGAAGAGACGUCUGUUCUCAAUUCGGUAGGAGAGAAAACCGGUAGACCGAUCGUGUUUGUGGAACGUCGUGGGUGCCUCAAGAUGCUAUAUGAGAAUAUCAACGACAAGUCCCGAAUUAUCUCAAAUACUGGUGUCGUAUCGUUCUCGGAAAGCGAAGAUGGUAUUACCGUAAUGACUAACCACGGUAAAAGCAUUAGCGGUAGCAUCUUAGUUGCGGCGGAUGGUGUCCACAGUAUGAUCCGAGGCCUACUAGCAGAGGCGGUCCGCGAGAAUGACCCUGAGAGAUAUCAAUACCUCACCGAAGGGUUCACGUCGAGUUACCGGGCUAUAUUUGGUAUAUCGUCGUAUCAGCCUAGGAAUGAUGUUCAAGUACCUUUGGUUCCUGAUGGGAUGGUUCAUAUUGCUCAUAAUGAGAAUUCAUCAAGCCUUGCAUCAGCGACCUUAGAUGCACACGUCAUUUGGUUCGUAAGUAUGAAAGAAGAAACGGUUUCCACGACGCCAAACUGUCCACGUUAUACCGACCUUGACACUGCAGAGACUCUUGAGAAGUAUGGGCACCUAAAUGCCAGUCCCGGAAUUACAUACCGAAACCUAUGGCAAUCGAGGAUUAAAGGAGGUAUGUUUCCCAUGGAAGAGGGCGUAAUCCAAACGUCCUGGAAUAACGGCGGCAGAGUCGUACUUGUUGGAGACGCGGCAUGUAGAACAACGGUCAAUCCCGGUCUAGGAGGCAACCUUACUAUUGAAGGAGUCUGCGUCCUCGCCAACGAGCUAGUGGCAUUAUUACAGAGAACUCAAGUGCCUCAGGUACAAGAUAUCACAGGUGCUUUCAAGAGGUACGAGCAGGCUCACCGUCCGAGGGCCAAGAUGACUAUGGAUAUGUCGAAUUACUUAACUCGUUACGAAGCAACGGACUCAACAUGGAUGCGUCUUCUCAGAUGGUUAUCUCCUUGGACCCCUCAAUGGUACAAAGUUAGGCUUUUGGUUAACUAUUUCGAAGGGGCCCCUAUAUUGGAUUCUGUACCGAGUUCUGGGGUACACUAA